AUGAAAGAGCUGUCUCCUGUCACGCCAGCAGGACUACUCGCUGCAGGACGGGCUAUCGCCCGCUGCGCCUUGCUUCUGGACCGAUCACGGCCUUGGAAGUGCCCGUGCUUCCCGUUCCUCCGCCUGUCUCUCCCUCCUUUUUUUUUUUCCUUUUGCAGCUCUGAGCUGGAGCCCGAUGUCAGCGGUGACUGGUUGAGCCCGGAGGCGGGCGAAGGGCCCCCGGCCCCCGCAAGCCCCACGGGAAAGGGGGCCGCGCUGGCCGGCACCUCCGCCGCGGCGCGGGAAGGCUGUAAAACAUCCAAAGUCACUGAUGCACUACAGAGAGCCAACAGUUUUCACUCCUCUGCAUUAAACAAGUAUCAGAAUUGGAGAAGGAAAAUCCAAAUGAAUUUCCCUUUGCUGUCUAGCAGGAAAAAUGGGCUGCAGUCGAAGGACAGCUCAGCCAGCUGUCAAAGUGCUCUUGGCAAGGAUCACUCCCAAACGCAGUUGUCUUCUUACAAGAAAUCUCCAGAAGUUACAAGAGGGCAUUUCAAGCCCUACAGCCCAGUAUUUCAAAGAAGAGAAAAAGCCAGAGAGAUGAUACCUGAAGAUAUCUGUUUCUAUGUGCCUCAUGGCCCGUUUCAUGGCAAUGCGAGAUGUACUUCGCUGACACUUCCUGGGAAUGGGACACUAGCUACUGAUUUUUCUGAGCCUGAAAACAUAGAUGGUGAAACGGGGAAACAUGCCAUCCAGGACUGGAAUGAAAAAAAACAGGAAUAUACCUCUGAACCAGAAGAUUUUAAUAGGAAGACAGAAGUACUGUCUGCGUAUUUGGAAGAAAACAGUGAGAAAAAUACAAGGCACCUAAAGGAAAAACAUGAGCAAGAGUUAAAGGAGGCAAAGAGGAGGAUAACUAGGAGGCUGACGCUUUACACAGAACAGCAGCCCGCGUUACAUGAUUCAAACAGGGCAGACUUAGAUGGAGCCAGUCUGGAGCAUCAACGCCGAAGACUGAUGGGGAUCUCAGAGAAGGAUGCUGCCAGGAGAAAAGAUGUGUUCAAACCAUCCACUUGUCCCACGCCUCUCUUACUUGCAAACAGUGCUCUGCCGCCAGCUUUGCCAGCUGACACAAAAGGUGCUUGGGGGCGCCCGGACGCAGCCACCAAAGAACGUGUGGCCGGCCGGCCUAGGUCACCGCUGAGGCUGAUCGCCAGUGCCAUAAGGAGGUCCAUUUUAGAGCCCCUGACCUCGCCCCCAGAAGGGCUGAAGCAGAACUCACACAGCAAAGCCAAAGCCUCUCCAGAACACGCUUUCUUCAGCUUCCCUAACGCUCUUGGCCAUUCCCUAAGGCAGACGAACAAUAAUAGAGCUAAUAACACGCAGCCACAGGAGCUUAAAGCAGGGGAGCAGGCAGGAGAAUAUUUAGGAAAUGGGAGCCUAAGUCUAUUUAAUUCUUCUGUUGUCUCUGAAGAGAUAGCUCCAAGGGAUGACACCCAGGAGGCAACAUGCCUAAUCUACAGUCCUCAUAGCAUGUCUUCCAUGAUGGCUGAUAAACCUCAGAAAUCAUCUUGUACUACUAGGAUGGAGGAUGUCCCAGGACUUCUAGAAAAGUUUACCUUUAAAGAGACUCUGCCAAGGGCUCCUAUGGAUGACCUAUUAAUUUGUAAUGAAAAAUACCUCGUUUCACCCCCAGAACCCAAGAACAACCCCUGCAAAGACAACCUGGAUGAUUCUGCACAGAAGAAUAGUCUUGGGAUGUUCUUUGAAAGAUUGAGAAGUAAAGUCAGUGAAAGAGAAAGGAAUUCCUUCGCAUCAUCUCUGCCUUUCGCUGAGGACUGUUCUCCAGAAGAAAGGCUGAAUUAUCCUUCUGCAGGCUGUACAGGCCUACCUGUCAGAAGACAGGCUGCUGAGUGUUCUUCUUCCUCUGAUGAUGAAUUUGAAUCCAAGGCUUCAUUAACACACAAGGCGAAAGGGAGCCUGAGAAGGAGGAGGAAGCUGGAGAAGGAGACAAAGCAACUGAUUAAACAAGAGGAGCUGAAGAGGCUUCACAAGGCGCAGGCAAUCCAGCGCCAGCUAGAAGAGUUGGAGGAAAGACAAAGAGCUCUAGAGAUUUUUGGCGUCAAACUGGAGAGAAAACUAAGAGGAGAAUCAGACUCAGGCACACAGGAUGAAACUCAGAUGCUGCAUGAAUGGUUUGAGCUGGUCUUGGAGAAGAAUAAAUUAAUGCGUUAUGAGUCUGAGCUCUUGAUUAUAGCCCAAGAACUAGAACUGGAGGACCACCAGAGCAGGCUGGAACAGAAGCUGAGGGAGAAAAUGGCCGUGGAUGACAGCCUUAAAGAUGAGAUGCAUCUGAAUGAGGAAGGUGAAAUUUUUACUGAGAUGAUGAAAGUGGUUGAACAACGGGACAUACUCGUGUCUACCUUAGAGGAACAGAGAGUGAAAGAAAAAACGGAAGAUCAGCACUUUGAAAACUUUCUAUUACCUAGGGGCUAUCAGCUGAGCAGGAUUUAAGCAGCCACAUGUGAAUAAAUAGAAUUUCAGCAAUAUUCAUAAUCAUGGAGAUACAGUCAUCUGGAAAAUGAAGGAAUUCAAAUUUAAAAUCAGUUUAUUUGGAAAGUAUGCUAUUUUGUUAUCAAAAGCUUCUAAGUAGCUUCUUUGCUCCCACUGGAGUGAGUCUAGCCUCACAGAGGAGUUCCAGCAAUAAAUAUCUAUACCUCACUAUCAAGCUAAAGAUAAAGAAUGAGAUUGAAUUUACCUGUCAGAUGAGCAUCAUGUUCUGUGAAAGUGAAAUAGGAACUCUGCUUUCUUGGAAUUUUAUUUUAAUCCUAAGAAUAGAGUUCCCUAGAAACAUGAUGACGUGAUUUAGCAUUUUUGCAGUGGCAUUAUUUUCCUUCCAUUUAUCUGAAUCUCUGUGUGGUUUUGGUAAUAUUUUGGCACAGCUGAGCCAUAGUGAACUAUUUAAAGGUCAGAAUGCAAGCAUCUCAUAUAAAAAUAAGGUUAGUUUUUAUUUCUGGUGGAGGAAGGAUCUUUUGACUAAUAACUAUAUCUAUUAUAUGUAAUCAUUAUAACUACUGUAAAUACAAUAUCAGAAAUUAAUUUUUCCUAGAUAUUUGUAAGUUUUAGUGCAUUGUACGUUUUUGAACAAGAAGAUAAUGCAAUAUUAAUUCCUGCAUUUUGUAAAAUGAUAAGGGAAUAUCUAAGAGGUGACUACCCUUAAAAGACUGUUAAAAGCUCAAAUUGUUGUGUGUUACAGAUUAAGUUCAUCCCUAAAAUACACUGAAUAAUGUUUUAAAAAUAGCAAUCCAGAACUGAUUAGUACUGAUAGGGUGUGCUUUAUAAUUAGCAUGCUUGGUAAACUAUAUCACAAAUAGUAUUAUAGGGCACCGUGAGUGGUAUAGCAGUUAGAGGUCUCUUGGAUAACAAUUCCACAAAAGCAUGACUAAAAAUACUGAGUUUUGUAAUGCCAACAUUACAUAGAAAAUUCUGUUGUUAUAUUUAAACUAUAUUUAUAUUGCUUCUCGAGGGGAAUGUACAUGUCUUUUGUCUUUUUUUUCUUUUUCUUUUUUCUUUAACUUAAAGGAAGUAUCUUUUAUCUACAUGCAUUUAUAGCCAUUGGCAUAGCAGAUGUGCAAAAAUUAUCCUUACUAUACAGCACAUUUUAAGUGCUUUCUUAAAUCUGAGAUAAUUCUGCAAUUUAAGAUUGGUAGUGUUCCCAACUGAAUCUACACUUUCAACCCCCGCCCCCCCCCCCCCAAAAAAAAGAAAGAGACUGAAAAACUGUUUUUUCUUUUUUCUUUUCUUUUUUUUUACUAUUAUUUUACCUCAUGCUCUGACUAAGAUCUGAUGUUCUCAUUGCUUCAUGAAUGGUGCUUAUUUGUUACAGAUGCCUAUAGUAUAACCAAAGCUAGAAGAGUUCUUCAUACAAAAGCUUUAAGCUAAAGCCUCUUGGUGACUACUUGCAGGGUAACAGACACACUGGAUUUUUUUACAGUAGUUUAUGAAUUAUCUUAAGUUUCUGAUGUAUUGUAAGAAAUUGAAAAUAUAAUUUUAAAGAUAAAAACAAAAUUUUACAAUUGUCCACAGAUGAAUAAUAUACCUCUACUGGUGAAAGGAAAACACUGUUGUUCUGCAAUAUUUAUGUAUUUAUAUUUAUUUAUUGGACUGUUUAAAGGGAGUAAGUGUCUGGUUAUAUUUUAUACUUUGGGUGUUGUCUCUGAUUUUGAUGAACAAAAAUGUAUUUCUAAAAGGUAUGUAUAGGUAAAGCUGUGCCUCACACAGUAGAUAUUUUUAUCAAUCCAGUAAGUAGUUGGGAGCAAAAUACAAAUUAAGGUUUAAACAACAUUCUCAAUUACUGUAAACCUGAAGGAAUACCUUUCUGGCAUAGCAUGCAGAGCUUCAACAAUAUGAUUUGUCUUUUUUCACAAUGGAAGGAUACAGCAGAAUCCCUGAAUGGGUUCCAGAAUUACCCUCUGCCAUCUUUUCCUGGCAUUCAUAUGCAGAUCAUACUUGAUUGUUAGGUUAUAUUUUUAUUGAGAUGGAUUGCAGUAAUUGAUUUUUAAAUUAACUCUAUUACUUAAGAUUGACACAAAGUAGGAGCAGACAGGACAGCAAUACAUAUUUUAAUUUUCUCUGAAAUCUGCUGGCAUUUCUAGUGUUGUGAAGAAAUUUUCUGGAUUUUCUCACUGUACCAGAAGCCUCAUGUAAUCCAGCAAAAUAACACUGUCUAAAAUAUCUGUCAUUCUGCUGUAGAAAAUGGAGAGCCAUAAUGCUUCCAGGGUCAUUUUUUAAAUUUGUUAAGCAAACCUUUUCUUAGUGCUUGGCAUGGCAAGGGAAUUAAGCACAGCCACCUCCCGCUGUAUCAGCAAAGGGUGUUUUUUUUCAGUUCAGCUUUUCAAUUAACAAAGUCCCGUAAUCUUUGUCAGUGUUGCUGGCCUCCAAAGAGGAGGCAGGGUGGCACAGGGACAUGGCGCACCACGUGCACUGAGCGGGGCCGAGGCACAGCCGAGGGUACGCUGGCCUGAGAUUUCAGUUUCCUGCAGAUACCUGAAAACCAGGCACCAAAGAGGAGUGAACAGAUGUUCUCCUUUUAGCUCCAAAGGUUUCAGUCCCUGCAAGUAUUAAAGGCAGCAGCAACUGAGGGCCGUCACCAUUUGAGGGACCUCAGAACAUGGUCUGUUCAAAAAGUUACUUUCUUGUAUGAUAUGUGGUAAUAACACAUGCUUCACCCAAAACUGCAGGUCUUGUAUGUGUGUCUGUGGACUCUUGGGUGGAAAAUCCUGCCUAGUUACUGUUGCUCUGACUGAUACUAAAGUACUCACAAGGUUUGAUCCAAAAAUGAACUGUGCAGGUGACUUGGGAGGAGAAUAAAUUUUGGGUAAUUUAAAGUAGGCCUUUGCAUGUGGUGAGAGUAGAGGAGGAGGGAAAAAGAAAGUGAAGCUACGUGCACUGUUCACAGCUCCAUUUAAUAUGGCUGGCUUGUAUUGGGAAUAUAUUUAAACAAGUAUGUUUGGUUAUGAGUGUUCUUGCGGUUCAAUCUUUUCUGUAAAUGACUCACUAACUUAUAAGGGAUUUGUUGAUUUUUAAAUCCUUGUCCCUAUUUUUAAAUCUUUGGCACUGUUAUCACUAGGUAUAAUAUGAGGUGCUACAACAUAUUGGCUGUGUCUAAACUGACUAGAUGUGAGCAGUUUUGUAUUUGAAGAAAUAAAGUUGU